AACGUCGCGAAAUUUUCUUUGCACGGUCGCUUCGGAUUUUUCGCUUUUACCGACCGAUUUCAGCAUCCCAGGAUGGCUAAAAAGAAAGGCGAAGACCAGGACUUCGAGGAGGAGCCGAACUUCGAAGAUCCGGAGGGAUUCGUGGACGAUGUGUCCGACGAAGAAUUGCUCGGUGAUUUUCUGAAGCAAAAACCGUGCGAAUCGGACGGAGUGGAGAAUGUGGUGGUGGUCGAUAACAUCCCCGUCGUCGGUGCCGCUCGCUUCCCCAAGCUGAAGGGUAUCCUGGAGAAGAUCUUCAAGAAUGCCGGCACGAUCGUGAACGUGCACUACCCGAAGGACGAGGAGGACAACACCAAGGGGUACGCGUUCAUCGAGUACAAGAACCAGGAGAGUGCGGAAGAGGCGGUGAAAGCAUUGAACAACUACCGACUCGAUAAGCACUACACGCUGCUGGUGAACCGGUUUUCCGAUUUCCAAAAGUACUCGGACAUCCCGAAGGAAUGGUCCCCGCCGGAGCCGCAACCGUACAAGGUGCAGAACGAUCUGUACAACUUCCUGGUGGAACCGGAGGCGCAAGAUCAGUUCUGUGUGGUGUCGGAAACGGUUCCAGGCUCGGUACAGGUUCAAUUCUGCCAGAACACACAACCUGAACCGACGGAAUUGCUCAAACGAGAGCGCUUCACGGACACUUACGUCAAGUGGUCACCGAAGGGAACGUACAUCGUGACUUUCCAUAAGCAGGGUGUCAUCAUCUGGGGUGGAUCGAGCUUCGUGAAAGUGAACAAGUUCGCGCACAGCGGUGCCCAGUUCGUGGACAUUUCACCCUGCGAGCAGUACUUGGUAACGUACGGACCGAAUGGGCAGAAGAUUGUCAUCUGGGACAUUCGCACCGGUGCCGAGAAGCGUGCGUUCGUUUCGGACGGAAUGUCGAACGCGUCGAUGCUGCGCUGGUCGCACGACGAUCGCUACGUGGCGCGUUUGAUCGACAGCCAGAUUCAGAUCUACGAUACGACCACCUUCUUCCUACUCGACAUGAAGUCCAUCAAGGUGGAGGGUAUCCGUAACUUUAGCUGGUCGCCGACGGACAACACCAUCGCCUACUGGGUUGCGGAGGAAAUCGAUGUCCCGGCGAAGGUAACGCUGCUUGCCAUCCCGAAGAAGAUCGAGCUGCGCACGAAGAACUUGUUCAACGUGGCCGAUUGCAAGAUCCACUGGCAAAAGUCGGGCGACUACCUGUGCGUCAAGGUCGAUCGAUUCUCCAAGUCGAAGAAGGACAAGAAGGACAAGAAGGACUCGGACGUGAAGUUCCUCGGUAUGUUCUACAACUUUGAAAUCUUCCACAUGCGCGAGAAGGACAUUCCAGUCGAUUCGGUCGAGGUAAAGGAGACGAUUCUGGCGUUCUCCUGGGAACCGGUCGGCUCCAAGUUUGCCAUCAUCCACGGCGAACCAUCGUCGGCCAGCGUCAGCUUCUACGAGGCGCGCAAGGGCCAAGAACCGACGAUGGUAAAGAAGCUGGAGAAGAAGGUCUGCAGUCACAUGUUCUGGUCACCACGGGGGCAGUUUAUCGUGCUGGCGAACCUCUCGAUGGGUGCGUUCGAGUUUGUGGAUACGAACGAUUUUACCAUCAUGAAGACUGGCGAUCACUAUCGCGCAUCGGAGGUCGAGUGGGAUCCGACCGGGCGGUACGUUGUGACGGGCACGUCUGGCAAGGCAAAGGAAGAUCAGGGCUACUAUAUGUGGUCAUUCCAGGGGCGCAUUCUGAAGCGUAUCAAUCUGAAGAACUUCAUGCUGUUCCUGUGGCGUCCACGUCCCGCGACCCUCCUGACGGAGGCUAAGCAGAAGGAGAUCCGCAAGAAUCUGAAGAAGUACUACACGCAGUUCGAAACCAAGGACCGUCUGCGCAUGACGCGUGCCUCGAAGGAGUUGAUUGAGAAGCGGGCGAAAUUGCGCGAGCAGUUCACCGAGUACCGCACGAAGCGCGUCAAGGAGUGGGAGGAACAGAAGUACCGCCGUAUGCAGCUGCGUAACAAUAUUGACACUGACACACUGGAGGCUGAUCCAGAUAACGUUGAGGAGGAGAUUGUAGAGAUACUUAUUCGCGAAGAUACCACCGUCCUCGAGUAAUCCGUAGAAGGUGCACGGUUGGCGUUGUUAGGAGCAGCCGUCAACAUUCUUCCCUCACGCUGGUGUGGCCGCUUUCGUUCCGGAGAGCGCUGUCACACGUCUGGGGAUCUUUUACUGUGGUGGGAGGUGCGUAACAAGCGCCGCAAGAAAGCAACCGAUCGGAAACACACGGCAAUAACACCACACCCGGUGUGAACACAGUCGCACAUUUAGGCCGAAGAUUCCUUCCUUUCUGACGUGAGCUCCGGGAAUCUUCAGCGCGUUUCAGUGUGCGUUUUACCAUCAGUGUGUGCCGUGUUUCAGAACAAUUCAGUCUCGGUGUCGUUCAAGUGUAUCUGCACAAAAAAAGGGAUCCAGCACAUAACUGCUGUACGUUGUGCAUCGCGUUCAAUGGUAUCAGAACAUCUUCCAUCCGUAGCAGAAACAACAGAUUCACAAAACUGCAUAACAAACAACAACAACAACAACAACAAGAUCCAUUUAUUGCGUCAAUAAACAACAACCGCGGUGGCGCAGCGAAACGAGACUGACCUAACAGUGAACCGUUCGGAUUUGAUACAAACGAGGGUAAAAACAAAACUUUCAUUAGCUAACUGUGGAAUUUAUACUGUAAGCUGAAGUGUGCUGUAGUUUUACUCAGGACAAUUCGGGAAUAAGGAUAAAGUGAGUUCGUCGCCGUACGACACGCCGGUAAACCCGAGCAGCAGUAAAACACACACACAAUCCAUCAAUUGAUUCGAACACUUACUAUUACUCUUCAGUAUGGUAAUUAAUAUUAAAUAUAAUAUGCUAUUGUAUGAUACGUCAUUGAACAGAACCGUAGGGAGUGUUUUUCUCCGUAGCUUUGAAUACUUUCCGAAAAACAAAAACAGCUGACCGGCGUUGGU